GAGUCAGUGAUCCUGACAGUAUAACUAGAGGAGCUGCAGGGAGAGAAAUAAAAACCUGCUUAGAUCUUUCUGUACUUCCAUUGUUCUGCAGACGAAACCUCUAGCAUUGAAGCAUCAUGUCCUCAGAGAAGGUGGAACCCUGGUCUGAAGAGCUGCCUGCCACUCAGGAGGUACAGGACAUGUGUGAUAAGGUUAGGGAUCAAAUUCCCGGCUCAUUUAAGCUUUUCAAGGCCUUCUCCUACAGAGUGUUCCUACUGGCAAGAAUAGGACGAUAUGAAGCCAAGGUGUACGUAGGAGAUGAUAAAGGUGUUCGUCUGGUCUUGACCUCUCCUUUAAUUGCUGGUUAUUCGGGUGUCACUGUGGACAGUAUACAGCCCUUCAGGAUUUUGUACGAGAUUCCUGAAAACACACAAACACCAAAACAGUCUGAUUAACCUUUUUAAUAAACUUCAUUGCGAGACUGAUGGCAGGUUUGUUUUCCACUGUCAUUUUUCAAACGGUACGGUUAUCCCUAUUCUGAGAACCCUGCCCAACACCAGAGAGAGAAGCAGAGUUAAAGAGAAGCGGCUCCCUGAUUGCAUUCAGUAGUAUUAUCUUUAUGAAAAAAAAUCAGCACAAAGCAGUUGAAAUUCUUGUUCUAGUUGUAGCUCCUCCCACCUUCCAGAAGCAUCAUCAGAGUUCAGUUUCAUGCAUCGCUUGUCGUUGUUUUUUUUGUUUUUUUUUGCAAAUAGGCUUUCAAAAAUGUAAAACGUUGUGAAAUCUGCAAACCCACAUAAAGCAAAUAUUUCUGUGUAAGUAAAACAACAUGGUUUGAACUUCUUUGGAACAGAAAAUAAAGAACUCAGAUGUCA